GAACUCGCUGGCCUAUAUCUUCAUUGGACCCUAAGCAGAGGGGCGUCAAGUUCGCGAGAAAGAGAGAGAAAAGGGGAAACAAACCAGACGCAACCCUAAGCUUGUUGCCGGCGGCGAUGGAGGCGGAGCUUUGCGGGGAUUCCCUCGGCCACAAGAGGUCGGAUCCGGAGGGAGUCGCGUGUGGCGGGGAUGCCAAGAGGCCACGCGAGGACGGAAACGGCCUCCACAGCUCCUCCAUAGAGAUGGAGACGGAGGUGGAGGACGACGACUAUGAGGAGGAGAAUCCCCUCGACAUCUACCGGCAGGUCUGGAUCGACGACUACAGCCGCUUCGGCAUCUCCUUCGAGGACGAGACGGAGAUUCCUAACAUGCACCACACUGACGGACCAAUAAUUCCCAGUGGCGCUAGGCCCAUGACGACCAUGCAGAUCUUGUAUGUGAAGGUGACUCAGAUCACCGACGCCCUCCAGUGGCCUCUUGACAUCUACGGCGUCAUUGCCGUGCGUGACUCCAUUGAUCACAAGCGCAAUUUCCUCUUUCGCCGCACCAGGGACCAAUGCCAGACCCUCGCCUCAUUGCAGGAUGCAGACUUGGAACUUGCCCUAGCCGUGCGGUUUUGCUGAUUGAUCCACACGCCUUUGAGAUCGACCUCAAAGUGAGAGGCAAUGGAUCACCAUCUGAAGACAAGACUUUAAGCUACUAUGCCUUCAUAUAUGACCACAUUGCUCAAAUGAACAAGUGUGGCUCUGCCAUAACAGAGGUGGUGCGGACUGAGCACAGCACCAUCGAGGUUAGGUUCGCGCAUCUUUCGAGAACCUUGGAGUCGACCAUCCAUAUCAGCGUCAUCAGUGGGUUGCGUGAUUUCAGCGCGCGUUUCACGGCUCGCACCGCGAGCAUCGAUGAGGACAUGGUGCUCCUUGACUCCAGAGGUGGGAAGGUUGCUGUCAUGAGGAGGGGGUAGUCGUGCUGAAGCGACGUAUCGUCACCGUGGAGGAGAGAGGGAAACUUAUUCUUGGUGUUGAGGCUGCACCAUGUGAUGCCGAGGAGAGCGGCAGUGGCAUUGUUGUGAAGCGGCAGAUAAAGUUAACACCCAUGACAGCGUUGAGAAACGAGGGCUGUUUCGAUCUUGGGUUCAGCAAGCUUCGCGUCAUUGUCGCAUGGUCGAUGCUGCCAUAGCUCAGAUCAGAUCUUUGUUUCAAGGUGCCAAUUAAUCGAUAUGUAGUUGAUUUACUGCCAUGGUGGUACCUAUUAUUAUGUCUGUGAUAACUAGGUACCGUUUGUGACUGUUAACUAAGUUGUGCUUCCUUGUGAUGAAGGUAGUAUGUACGGACUGUUUUGUUAGUACUAAGUGAUGAGAGUAUUUCGAACUAGUGGAGAGGUUUGUUGAUGUUGUUUGUAUGGCUUAAUCGAUACAUGCAUGCAUGUUUAGUUUGUGUACCACGCUUUUGCUGAUCUCUGCUCAUCAAGUGUGACUAUUUAAUGUGUU